AUGUCCUUUUUAAACAGCUCCCGCCGCCGAACCCGAUCGCCGUCGCCAGGCCAGAUAUUCGCGCCGUCCGCAACCCCCAUCGUUAUUGAUUCAUCCCCUUCGGUGCCUUCCGCAUCGUCGAUUUUAGAUUCUCUUCUGGGGGAGUUUUCGGAGGCUAGAGAUCCAUACACUGUUGAAGCAGGGCCUACGGGGCGUUCCUCAGAUCACUUGUUUAGUUCUCCUGGCGUUUUAACUCAAAGCCCAGGCAGGGAAAAUGUGCCGCCGAGGCCAUCGGAGAGAACCAAGGAUGCACACGGGAAAGACAGAUUCUUGGUUAGCACAGAGAGAAACGGGAGGUCGCCCUUUCGCGGGAACCCGUACCGGUCGGCGGAAAUCCAUUCACCCAAAGGACGGUUAAAGGCGCCUACGAAAGAGGGCGGCACCCGGAAGACCAAGAAAUUCAGUAGCUCCAACAGGACGUUAACCGGUCGAAGCACGAAAUUUCUGGCCAAGACGGCUUCAAAACCAACGCAGUCGUCGAAGGUCCCAAGCGAAAUUCCAGCGGCUAAACUAGAUAGCUUGCAAUGGGAGGAUGGAGAACUACGAUUGGAACUCGCAACUACAAGGAGAGGUAGCUGGACACCGAUAAAGGAUACAUCGAUAGAUAUUGUUGAUCCAACUCGGAACUUAUCACCGUCGAAUGUAUCUGCGGCGGGAAGCCAAAAGUUUAGCUCAAUGUUAUCCGACUAUGGCUUCACAAAAGGCUCAACAUUAACCAUGGAAAAUGAAUUACGAAGAGAAGUACCGACGACAAAAAGGCGGUUGGAGCUCCUCCAAGGAACAGCCAAUGACAUCUUUUCGGAGGGAGAUUUUAGCAGACCGCCGGAGAAGAGCGUUGUGAAUCCAAACGGUACACAUAGUAGGCGCUCUCGCAAAACUACAUCUACCACGAUUACAUCCCUCUCUACUGCUCAAUACGGACAUCAGGAUUCCCGCCAAAUGUCGAAUCUUGCUGAUUUCUUCCCAUCAGGCGAGGCCGUCGAACGCCCUUCGGGGGCUAUUAAAAAAUUGAAAACAUCAAAAUCCGGGACCAAAAAAAAGGGGGUCAAGAAAGCCAAGGAGGCACCUCUAUUUAAGGUCGCCUCCAUUGAAGAUGCUCUCAAAUCCUUAGAAGACCAGGUGUGUCUCUUUGGGACAUCAAGCCAGUUGGAACGAGUUUCUUCAGAUGAAGAACCACAAAUGGCGAACUUCAACCUAAAUGCGCAGUUUCCCCGAAAAAACUCUCGUCCACAAAAGACCAGAUCUCCAUGUUCAAAUCCCAAAACUUCGAAAAGCCUCUGGUAUGCUAGUUCGAGAGGAUAUGAUGAUAUCGAGUUCGUGGACAUGAUUGAUUCAAGCAACCCGAAAACCCUCGAGUCUGUUGAAGCCUCCACGUUUGUGACGCCUAUUGAUAGUAGCCCGAUGCAUAGCCAGGUAGCUAGUCAAAUGGUUUUUGAAAACCCAUGUGACGUGUCUCAUGUCCUGACUAAAAUUCCACAAACCGGACCAAAAGACCCCAUAGAAAAUCCAGUCUGUCCGGAAAUUCAGAUUCGUCACUCGGGGAAUGUCAAGACGCAAAGUACCUCUGGGCAGUCGAUACCUAGUUUUCGGGGGCUUACCACAGCGCAGCUAGCUCAAAAGGUAGCUUCAUUUGGAUUCAAGCCAUUAAGAAGCCGGGAAAAGAUGAUCUCGUUAUUGGAAAAGUGCUGGGAAAGUCAGCAGCAAACUCACAUUCCAGCUAUGUUGCCAGCGAGCCACACGGCGCUGCCUGAUUCUGUCACUAGGGCAGAGCAGAUGAGCAAACGUGAUACUAUCAAGAGCCGGGAUAUACGCGCAAGCAAAUCAAGAUCAAACUCGAAUCAUAUUCCGGGGCUAGUUUCAUCCACAUCUCAAAAUACAGGAUAUGCGGCCAAGAGCCCUGACUGCAUUCGAGGGAGCUCUAAAUCCAAUGACAUUGGUACUACUCAGGGGUCGCCGCUGUUAACAACCCAGUCUGUUAUUGUGAUUCCGGACAGUGAUGACAGCGACAAUGACAACAAUCCUACCGGAGGAGCAUAUAGUUACCCUUCACUCGCCAGCAAUACUCCUUCGUCGUCUACCCGAACGAUGGCGUCGGAAAGCCUCCUGUCUGUACGAACUCGGUAUGAAGCCAAUGUUGGGGAGGAACAGGGUAGCAAUGAUAUCAACCAACAAAUCACCAAAGCAAUCAGAGCACAACCACGACUAGUCGCUAUUAAUGGAGUCAAGCGACCAACAUGGCUCGAAAAGAUCCUAAUGUAUGACCCCAUUGUGUUGGACGACUUGACUGUUUGGUUAAACACUGAAGGGCUAGAUCAAAUUGGAGAAGAUAGCGAAGUAAGUGGAACCACUGUGAGGGAAUGGUGUGAGAGCAAGGGUAUAUGCUGUACUUGGAAAAAGAAACGCCAUGUUGCGCCGUGA